AUGUCAGGAAAUCGAAAGAGAAAGGCAGAGAAUCAAUCUCGUGGUCUUCAAACAGAACUUCAUCCGGCUUUAAAGUCUACCAAUUUAACACUUAUCAAAGAACAACAACAUAAGAGUAAUCCAUAUUUAAGCAAUGAAAGUGACAUAGGUAAUAACCGUAAGAGAGCACAUUUAUCAAGAUUUUUUCAUAAGGGUGAAAUCAUUGAACGUGUCACUCAAGAACGUGCAAAAUUACGUGAAGUUGAGAAACAAUUGGAACUAUCCCUCGUUGAAGAACAAGAAGAGAAAAAACUUUAUCAGUUGAAGGUUGCCAAUGGUGAAUUACCAGAUCUAGAGAAGGACGAAAAUAAAUUUAUAAAAAAUCUGGAUGAAAUACCUGAGGAUAUAGAAUGGUGGGAUGCAGUGUAUUUAGAUAAGAAAACCCAUCAGAUAUUAGAAAAAUAUAUUGUAUCCGAUUACAAUUCCGAUGAAGAAGAAGAGAAUGAAAAUGAUGAUACAGGGGAUGAAAGCUAUGCACCAAGUAUACGAUAUGUACAUCAUCCUUUAAUUCAGGUUAACUCUAAGGCAACUGAUGAUCAUCUAGCAAGGAUUUAUCUAACAAAGAAAGAACAUCGGAGGAUCCGUCGUCAUAAGAGGAAAGCUGAACUAGAAGAGAAAGAAACAAAAAUAAAAUUGGGCCUAACUCCUAAACCUGAACCUAAAGUAAAGUUAAGUAAUAUGAUGAAUGUAUUGGAAAAUGAUGCAAAUAUUGUGGAUCCAACAAGUUAUGAAAAAAUUGUCAGAGAACAAGUUCAAGAACGUAAGGAACAACAUAUUGCAAAUAACAAUCUACGUCAUGAGGAAGCAGUGAAACGUAGAAAAGAAGAAGCUAAAGUUUUACCAAAGUUAGAUUUUGAAGAUAUAUAUUAUUGUAAUGUUUACAAAUUUCAGAAUCUAAAGAAUCCACAGUUACGUUAUAAAUUGAAUAUGAAUGCUAAACAAUUAAAAUUACGAGGCUGUUGUCUCAGAGUUGGUGAGCAAGGUCCUGGAAUAAUUAUCAGUGUGGCCAAUGAAAAAAAUAGUAAGUUUUUUAAUAAAUUAAUAAUGAACCGUCUUAAAUGGAAUGAAUCCUUUGAAAAUAGAUCGACAGGUGAAAUAGUUAAAAAUGAUGAAAAUUGCGUCAAGCAUACUUGGAAUGGGACUAUUAAACUGAAGGAGCACCCAUUUUCAGGAUGGUUUAUGAGAAGUUGCCAAGAUAAUAACGAGUUGAAAGGAGUAUUGACUAGAUUUAAUGGUGAAUCUUUUUAUAGAGAUACGCUUGCAACAUCGACAUUAUAA